AUGGAUCUCUCGAUUUCCCACGAGCUGUCGAAGCUCGAUCCCGCGCUUCCAUUCCGCGCUUCCACUGACCACCUACACCACACUUGGGCCAAGACCUUUUUCUCCCGACCCGAGCUGUAUAUUCGCCCUCAGUCUAUCCCUGAAAUCCAGCAGCUGGUGACUCUCGCGCGCCGCUGUCGUCGCCGUCUUGUCACUGUCGGCAGUGGACACUCUCCCUCUGACCUUACCUGCACGUCCUCAUGGCUUGUUAAUCUCGAUGAUUUCAAUCGCAUUCUGCAGAUUGAUAACGAUACUGGCUUGGUUACCGUCGAGGCAGGCAUACGUUUGAAUGAACUGGGCAUACGGCUGGAGCAAGAAGGGUGGACACUGAAGAACCUUGGCAGCAUUGACAGCCAGUCAAUAGCGGGAGUCAUUGCGACGGGCACACAUGGUAGCUCGCUGCGCCAUGGACUGCUCUCAGAGUGCAUAGAGGCUCUGAGCCUGGUUCUGCCGAAUGGUCAGCUGGUUCGCUGCAGUGCCACCAACAACCCGUCUCUCUUCCGCGCGGCGCUCGUUUCCCUUGGCGCGCUGGGAAUCAUCGUCGAGGUGACUUUCAGGGCGCGACGAUCGUUCAAUAUCGCAUGGCGUCAGGAACGAUACACGCUGGGGAAGGUGUUUGAAGAGUGGACCACGGGUCUGUGGACAUCACACGAGUUCGUCCGUGUAUGGUGGCUGCCCUACGAAAAGAGUGCGAUUGUCUGGCGCGCCGAUGCUACGGACCUCCCACUGCGCGCGCCGCCAAGGAACUUCUACGGCGAUUGGUUUGGAUACCACAUCUACCAUAAUCUGCUUGCGCUGUCUUCCUAUGCGCCGCGCAUUCUACCCUGGGUGGAGUGGUUUGUCUUUGGCAUGCAAUAUGGCUUCAAGGCCGGAUCCACGGUCACUGAGGCCGUUGAGCCAGCUCGCAAGGGUCUGUUGAUGAAUUGCUUGUACUCGCAGUUUGUGAACGAAUGGGCGCUUCCUCUGGAAAAGGGACCCGAAGCGAUCAGCCGCCUCUCUGCCUGGCUGCACGGCGACCUCAAGGCAUCGGGAAUUCCGUUCCCCACUAAGGGGUUCUGGGUGCACUGCCCCAUUGAAGUACGAGUGUCAGACUCGACUAACAAUCCCAACCCACGCCCAUUUCUCGACCCAACCUGCCGUGAUGGACCCACCCUGUACCUGAAUGCGACUCUCUAUCGGCCGUAUCUCCGUGACCCGCCUUGCAGACAGCGGUACUACGAAGCCUUCGAAUGGCUCAUGCGGGACAUGGGCGCCAAACCUCACUGGGCCAAAAAUUUCAAGACUCUCGGCCCCUCAGAACUGGGCACUUUAUACCGCGACGACAUGGACGAAUGGUUGAAGGUGCGACAAGACGUUGAUCCGGAGGGCAUGUUCCUGGGCGAAUGGCACCACCGCAAUCUGCCCUUGCUCGAGUCAAAGAAUCAACAUACACCCAACGCAGAGCCGCUGCCUCUCCUCGAGCGGGAGAGUGAGCGCCGCACGCCUAACAUUAGCGGCGCGGGCGACGGGAUCGAGUGGAUUGGAGAUCGCCGAUGGCAGGGUCACGGCUCGCAUGGGGUCGCGGGCGAAACGAGGUACGAAGAGCCGGACCACUCAGCACCGAGUCCACCGACGACAGCCACCAGCGAGGAAAGUUUCGACAUGCUUGUGAAAGGCGAAGCUAGCAUUCUGCUCCCCGACAACUCCGAAUGA